GAAACGCUAUGUAUCUGUCGACCAUCGUGGACAUUUUCAGGUGCAUGUGAAACAAUAAAUUAUCGAAGAGAUCGAGUAAAAUAUCAAAGCUGGAAGGGCUCAGCAGUGCCUGGGUGCCCAGGGAGCCACUGCCUGAGUCCCUAGAGGUAGACACCGAAAAACCACAGGACAUGAGCGCAGCCAAAGGCGGCCUGGUCAUCUUCACGGCCAACUCCAACCCCUCCAGUAGAGAGCUGGGGAAGAGGAUUUCACAGCGGUUGGGUGUGGAGCUUGGGAAGGUGCAGGUCUAUCAGGAAGCAAACAGAGAAACACGGGUCCAAAUCGAGGAGUCUGUGCGUGGUAAAGAUGUCUUCAUCAUCCAGACUGUGUCCAAGGAUGUUAAUACCACUAUCAUGGAGCUGCUCAUCAUGGUGUAUGCCUGCAGGACCUCCUGCGCACGGAACAUCAUCGGUGUCAUUCCCUAUUUCCCCUACAGCAAACAGUGCAAAAUGAGGAAAAGAGGCUCCAUUGUGUCUAAGCUGCUUGCCUCCAUGAUGUGUAAAGCAGGUCUGACUCAUCUUAUUACGAUGGAUUUGCAUCAAAAGGAAAUUCAAGGUUUCUUCAACAUUCCAGUGGACAAUCUUCGGGCUUCACCAUUCCUGCUACAAUACAUCCAAGAAGAAAUUCCUGACUACAGAAAUGCUGUAAUUGUGGCCAAAUCUCCAGCAUCAGCCAAAAGGGCCCAGUCAUUUGCCGAAAGAUUGCGACUGGGCAUUGCUGUGAUCCAUGGUGAAGCCCAGGACGCUGAAUCGGACCUGGUGGAUGGACGCCACUCCCCACCCACUGUCAAGAACAUAGGAGCUAUUCAUCCGAGCCUAGAGAUACCUUUGCUGAUUCCCAAAGAAAAACCUCCGAUAACUGUGGUAGGAGAUGUGGGUGGACGAAUAGCCAUUAUAGUGGAUGACAUAAUUGAUGAUGUUGAUAGUUUUCUGGCAGCAGCUGAAACGCUGAAAGAAAGAGGUGCCUACAAGAUAUUUGUCAUGGCCACUCAUGGAAUCCUGUCCUCUGAUGCACCUCGGCUAAUAGAGGAGUCUGCCAUAGAUGAGGUAGUUGUCACCAACACAAUUCCACAUGAGAUCCAGAAACUACAGUGUCCUAAGAUUAAGACUGUGGAUAUCAGCAUGAUACUGUCAGAAGCCAUUCGGCGUAUCCACAAUGGGGAAUCCAUGUCCUACCUGUUCCGUAAUAUAGGCGUGGAUGAUUAACAGGGACAGUCAGUCAGCCAGUCUUUCCAUGUCAUUUCCAUUCACAGAGGUCAAGGCUUUUUCAGUCCCAGAAUUAUUUUGGUUAAAGCUAUAGCCUGUAUCAUUUAUUCGUUUUUUUUUUCUUUUUUUUUUCUCACAAA